GAUCAGUGCCCUGCAGUGCCGCCCAGCAGUGCCUCCCACCAGUGCCACCCAUCAGUGCCCAGCAUUGCCUCCCACCAGUGCUCAGCAGUGCCACCCAUCAGUGCUGCCAAGCAGUUGUGCCCAUCAGUGCCACUAGUCAUGCCUCCUAUCAGUGCCCAUCAUUGCUGCAUAUCAGUGCCUCCUCAUCAAUGCCCACCAGUGCCACCUCAUCAGUGUCGAUCAGUGCUGCCUAUCCAUGCCACCUCAUCAGUGCCCAUCAGUGAUGCCUAUCAGUGUAGCAUCAUCAAUGCACAUCAG